AACGUUGUUGGGUCACCACUCUAGUGUACAGGAACCCAGACGGAGACGGAGAGAGAGAGAGCCAGAGAGUGCGAGAGAGAAACAGAGUUGUAGAGAGAGCCAGAGAGUGAAAGAGAAACAGAGUGAGAGAGAGCAAGAGAGUGAGAGACAGCAAGAGAGUGAGGGAGAGUGAGAGAAUCAGAGAGUGAGAGACACUGGGUCAGAGAGAACCGUAGAAGAGAGAGACAGAGUCAAGAACACUCUGUGGGACAGGGCUAAGGAAAUUUGUAUUUGAGAGCGACUCUUAGGGGUGUUGUGGGUCUGGAGGCGUGGAACAUGGCUGUCACCGGGGACGACACUGAGUCAGAUGCCACUGGAGACGUCCCGGCAUAUCAGCUGCGCUCGCCAGACUCCGACCUGGCCCAGGGGGCUGUGAUGUCAUUGUCUGGAGGCCACGCCCCUCGUGGUGAGGAGGUGACGCGCAAACGGGAGGUCAGACUGAUGAAGAACAGGGAGGCGGCCCGGGAGUGCCGCAGGAAGAAGAAGGAGUACGUCAAGUGUCUGGAGAACCGUGUGGCCGUGCUGGAAAACCAGAACAAGACCCUCAUCCAGGAGCUCAAGACCCUCAAGGACAUCUAUUGCCACAAGUAGGGCCUCCCAGUCGUCACGGCAACCGCCUCCGGAUGACGGGAUAGCUGACAUAGGGGGGGGGGGGGGGGGGG